AAAUUUACCACCAAAUCUAAUGGAGGGAUUUUGAAUUUUUUCUGUACACAGGAACAUCAUGAAUUUGACUGAAUAUGCCAAUGCCAUCGACACUAGUAACAGCUGGAAGUAUCUUCAUGAUCUCAGUAGCAUUCUUUGGUGGUGUAAUAUACAAGAGUAUUGGCCCAGCUGACAAAUCAGAAGCUGAUCACAAAAAUCCCAGUAGCCCAAGUAAAACUAAUCUGGAAGAUAUGAGUGAGUACGUUAAAUACAUGGUUCAGAAAGAGCUGCAAAAAGUCCAGAAGGAAAUCCCACAGACAAGUGAAGUGCAGCAGUAUAAACAGGGAGAGGUGCAGAAAGUUAUAACACCUGAAAUGUUAAAUGACAUGAUAAAUAAUAAUAUACAAAGGGCAAUGGAACAAUAUGGUGAACAGAUUCAGGAGAAAUUAGAUGCCAAAUUAAACAGUCUCCUUAAACUGGAGGAAAAGAUUGUGGAAAAAUUAGAGGAAAAGGGGACCUAUGAGGAGAACUAUGAUGAUGAAAAAAAGGACAGACUUGUAUCAGGUUCUGAAAAGGACAUCGAUGAGAGACUGCAUAGAAUUGAAAAACUUUUACAAAAGGGAAAAUCGGAUCACUUCAACUUUUCUCAUUAUUUGGAAGUUGCUAGCAAUGUUAUUUCAUCUGUCACUGUGACUAUAGUUAAUAUAACUAAUAAUACUUUUAUAUUUAUUUCCAAUACUUCGAAGUGGUCAACUUUAAAAAACCCUAUUUUUAAAGGAUAUUUGGAAGCUAUACCAGCUCAUUCCAUAGUAGUACCCACCCUCGCUGUCAUUUUGUCAAUUGCUUUUGAUGUUUGUUUUUGUUACUGUGUGUGUCGAAUUUGCUUGAGAUGGUGCAAGAAGACCAAACCAAAAAAUGACAAAGGAAAAAAAAUAACCCCCAAAACCUCGACAUUUUCAUCAGACUUGGAUAUAGAGAGAUAUCGACAGAAGUUGGAAAAUUCUCUGUGCAUAGUAAGUUUUUCAAAGGAUUUUGUGGAAUCAUGCCACAUGCCACUAAUGAAAUCAGUAAUGGAACGCCUCAAGGAUGAGAACCUACAAACCAAGCGUGUUGUAAUAAGAGAACCAAACAACCUCAAUACCAUUCCUCCUUCCAAGAUAUUUUUAGUGUUUGUUGACUUCAACGAAAGGAAUGAAAUACUGGAACCACACUUGCCAAAAAGCAAUAAACUCUGCAUCAAAAGAGAAACCGUUCGUAGCCUUAUGGAUAGUUUUGCUUUAGUUAUUCUUGUGUACUGCCUGGAGGUCUCAUCCAAAAAGCUGGACUUGGGAGAUAGAUUUGCACAUAAGCUAAAUAAAAUAAUGAUGUCAGUGAAGGAAUUAGAAGAGCUGGACAAUAAGCAUCGUUUCUACAGUGUGUACAAGGAAUUUGAUAGUUUUCAGCUAGGAAAUCUAGAGCAGACCAUUAGAGAAUAUUUAAAAACAUUCUAGGUAUUGUUAGUAUACAGUAAAACCUCGUUAUCUCGAACUCGAUGGGACCAAGAAAAAACUGAGAAAUAUCCAAGGAUUCAAGAUAUCGAGGGUAAAAUACUUUAAGAAUGAGUAGUUGGGACUUCUAAAUCACUUUGACAUAUCCAUGGUGUUCAAGAUAUCAGUGUUCUAGAUACCGAAGUUCAACUGUAUAUUGUAAAAUGUUUCAUAAUUUCUGUACUCAGGGUAAGAUUAAAAUAAGGCAACAUUUGCAUUGAGGCAUACAUUGUAAUUUUGAAGUAGUGAUUCUAAAAACAAACAUUAUACAAUUAUUGCUGUACGAUGAUUUAGCCACCUGAGGAGUACAAUAUAUUUCGGGUGAUAUGUAUAUGCCUCAGGUGGUUAAAUCAUAAUUGACCUCAAAAACAGCAAUAAUUGUUUUAUUUAUUAUAUGAUUUAAUGAUCAACUGAUACCAAAUCAUUAGGCAAAUCAUGCCAUCUUUCUUCUAAACAUUUGCUGAAGUCUUAGCCAAAUGCAGUGAGAGAAGAGGGGUUAAAUGUAUUAAUUUGAAAAUUCUCAAUCGAUGGUGAAAAUUUUUGUUCAGAAAACUUAGCACCCCCUCCCUGCACCUCCCGUUUGGGUGCAAAUGAAAUAGUUUGAAAGUUCUCAGUCUAUUUUUAGUCCAUCAUGGAAAAAAAAAAACAGUUAUACAGUUGAACUCCGGGAUCUCGAACACAGAUAUCUCAAAUACCAUGGAUAUGUCUAAAUCAUUUUGAAGUCCCAUCUGCUUAUUCCUUAAGCAUUUUACCCUGGAUAUCUCGAAUCCUGGGUUAUCUCAAAGUAUUUUCUGGGUCCCUUUGAGUUUGAGAUAAUGAGGUUUGACUGUAUUAUCUGGAAGGUCACUUGCAGGUGUACAUAAUGUAGUAUUUUUCUACAAUGUUUGAACUCAGCCAAUCAGAGAGCUAUGAAUUAUACCAGUCUUCACGAAAACUUUUCAAACUUACUGACCAGUCGGGCCAGUGAACUUUAAAAUUUUACUGGCCCACCAAAACUUUUACUGGCCCCCUUAAUUAAAAACAAAAUGAAUACAUAAUUAUAAAUUAAUCCAUGCUUGCAUGAAUAUGCUUAAGUACUUCAACUUCAGAAACACUGCCAUUUUUCGCCCUUUGUCGUGUUUUGGUUAGUUGUUCGUAGGAUACUCGCACAUUUUAUGUACUAGUUAAUAGUUACUAGUUAGUUCCGGUUGUUACGUAAUACAUUCGUAUAAUAAUACGAUUCACCAACACAUGCUCGUUCUUUUUUUUUUUAAUAUAUUAAUGAAAUUUACGCAAACAAGGCAGUUUAAAUAUAUAUAAACUGUGUAAAAUUUUGAUAAUCAACAAGCCCAUCAGACUUCUUGAAUUUUGAUUUUCACUGACCAGACAUCAAAAUGCACUGGCCUCGGUCUUCGGACCAGUGAGUUUUCAUGAAGACUGUUAUACAAUCAUAUAAUAAAUUUGAUUGCUGGGUGUCUGUUGGAUGUUUGAUAUUAUGUUUUUAUAUCAAGUCAAAUUUUCAAAUACACUUGAAAUGAAAAUGGAGUAAGUUUGACAUUCCAUCAUUAAUGAAACUUCCGUUCUUCACUGCUGUAAAAUUUGAGUGUUGGGUAUGGGAAAUGUAAGGAGAAGGAAAAAAAUUCUAAUAUUAAAUAUAUAUUUUACAGUAUUUACAUUUGCUGUGUUUUUCUACUAAGCCAACUGUGAAAUUGAUUUGAAAUUGAUUUGAAAGUCAUUUUUGUGUAUACUCACGCAUAGAAAUAUACACGGUGAAACUCGAGCAAAAGUGACAUCACAAUGAGGCUACAGAGACAUUAAUAAAAAUGUAACAAUAUAGGGCAGCAAGAAAUUCAAAUAUUGAGUAUAUUAUUGGUGCUUUUAAACUUGUAAAAUGUUAAUAUAAGGAAUGUUUUUAAGUUUAGUGUGAAUUAUUGGUGUGUAAAUCACACAGACUUGCACGUAGGCAUAUUUUUCA